GCUCCCUGCAGCAGGCUGCCCCCGGCCGGGGAGCCGGACUGCGGCGGAGCUCCUGAAGGGAUAAUGUCGGGCCCCUGAGGCUGCUCGCGCGCAGCUCGAUGCCCGUAGGAAAGGCCGCUUUUACUCGGAGCAGCCCGAGAGGCCUUUUCGGUUGCAGUAUCUGUUUUGUAAGUCAUGCCUGUUUCUGCUGAUGAAACUGUGGGGAACCUGGCUGGGAGAAAUACAGUCCUAACUCCAGCUGAAACGGAAGGAUUACAAGAAUCAUCAUCUACACAGAAUGUAAAAGCUCGACAAGUCAUAUCACGAAUCAGUCGAGAGGAACUGGAAGAUAGAUUUCUUCAUCUACGUGAUGACCACAUCCUACUCAAACAGUAUGCAAAUAAGCAAGAGGAUAAAAUUAAAAGAAUGACCACCAAGUUAAUACGGCUUGUUAAUGAUAAAAGAAAAUGUGACCAAGAUGGCUGUGGACCCAAGCAGCUGGGUCAGGCUCUGGAGCUGGAAGAAAUGAUUGAGCAUUUGCGAGAAAGAGUUCGUGAGCUUGAGAAACAAAAUGAGAGCCUCCGCAACAAACUCAUUUCAACUAAACAGCAGCUCCAGAUUCAAGGCCAUAGGCCUUGUCUGUACAACUCCAUUCAAUCUCGUGUGAACACUGGUCUCAAAAAAGAGAGUGAGGCUGCUGGCAUGCCAGAACACACCAAGAAGGGAAUGAGAUGUCAGUGUUUAGAAGUGAGAUCAUCUGACCUUGUGCUUCCCAAAUAUGGACAGGGUCUGCUCGAGGAUUCAAGGGCUGAAAUCAGAAAUUUGGAGACUGUUAUUGAGUCCCAAAGGAAACAAAUUGAGGAACUAGACCGUGCUAAAGAGAUUCUUGGGAGUCAGUUAAGAAGGAAAGAGAAGGAAAUUGAAGAAUCCACCCUACGGCUGAAAGAGCAGGGUACAGCAAGCCAAAGGCUAAACAUUCAGGACAAUGUGGAAAUGAUCAAAGUCCGUAAACAGCUGGCUGAGAAAAGCAAUGCUCUUUCAGCAAUGGAAGGAAAAUUUCUCCAGCUUCAAGAGAACCUAAAGAACUUGAAGACCAACCAUGAUGCUUUAUUAGCAAAAGGUGAUGAACUGAAUGUUCAGCUUAAAGAGGAGCGGUUAAAGUCCUUCCAUCUUCAAAAGGAAUUGCAGUCAGUGACUGUUUCAAACAGAAGGACAGAAGAGUUACAGGAAAGAAUAAAUGAUCUAGAAAAAGAGAAUGAACUCUUGAAGGAAAACUAUGAUAAGCUGCAAAGCAGUGUCUUCAGUCUGCCCCUUGAACAGCAAUGGAAAUCAAAGGAACAGCAACUGAAACUGCAAAUUGCUAAACUAGAGACAGCUAUCAAAACUGAUUUAGCAGACAAAAAUGAAAUCCUUGACAAGAUCAAAGUAGAAAGAGACCAAAAGGAAAAACUAAUGCAGGACAACAAAGACUUGCAGUUACGCUACCUGGAACAAAAGGAGCAACUAGAAGAUCUGAAAAAUCAAGUGAAGUUUUUGACCAAGUUUCAGGAAGGUGAUCUUGGUGUGGCAGAACUUAAUGAAACCCUCAUAAAGGAUCGAAAGCAGCAAAAGAAUAUGGACCUUCUGUUCUUAGAAAAAGUGGAAGAUGAUAUCCAUAAAGAUUUACAACACUCCAUGCAGGAGCUGCAGUUAACACAUGCGGAAACAGUGCAAGAACUUGAAAAGACAAGGAAUUUGUUACUUGUGCAGCACAAAAUUAGCAAAGAUUACCAGACUGAAGUAGAAACAAUGACAAGAAAGAUGGAAAGUCUACAGAAAGACUGUGAGUUAAAACUGGAACAAUAUAGCCAUCUUCUCGAUAUUAGAGCUGCACGUAUCAGAAAACUAGAAGCCCAACUAAAAGACAUUGUCUAUGAUACAAAACCACUUAAGUCCAGAUCAGAAGUAUUGCCAUGUGAUCCAGUGGGUGGAUUUGUUGAAACUGUUCAUUUAGAAAGAGGAGAGAACCUGUUUGAAAUUCAUAUCAGCAAAGUGAUCUUCUCUUCUGAAGCUAUGCACGCUUUCGGUGACUGGGAACCUGCGACCUUUUGUACUUACGCAUUUUAUGACUUUGAACUUCAGAUAACCCCAGUAGUUCAUGGGAACGCCCCAUCAUAUGACUUCACUUCUCAGUUUCUUCUGCAGUCUGAUGACAGCUUCUUUCACUACAUACAGGAAAACAGCAUCACACUUGAGGUUCAUCGUGCGUACGGCAUAGAUUAUGAAACAAUUGCUUCUUGUCAGCUUAAGUUCCAUGAAAUCUUGGAAAACAACGGCAAGAUCUACAACACAGCAAAUUUAGUUGGAAAAACAGGACACAUUCAAAAUUAUGGUACUGUAGAAUACUGGAUCAGGUUACAAGUUCCUAUGGACCAAGCAAUUAUUCCCUACAAACAGAGGUCAAAGGCUCUGGGAUAUAUAACAUCCAGUUUUAGGGAACAUGAACAACCAUCCAAGACACCAACACUCAAAAUGAAGCAGCGUGCAGCUCAAGCACACAAGAGAGUCUCUUUUCUGGAUCUUAGUACAAUACAGAUGGCACAUGGGGUACAGGAGGCUAAACAGCUGGCAGGUGACAAAGUGAAGGAGAUGGCUGAAGAAAUUCAGCAGGAAAAAGAAGAGCUCUCUCGUCUGUCUGAGAAGCAGUUGGCUGACCAAACAUUGAUUACUUCUAGAGAUGAGACAGAAAUAAUUGAAGAAUUGGAGCCAGAAGAUCAAGAAGAUCAUCAAGAGGAUGAUGCUGUUGAAUCAAUAAAAACCGACAGUGAUGACUGUAUUAUUUCAAGUCCAGUAUCCACAAAUAUUAAACAGCUGAGUCAGAGUAUACGUGGCAAUUAUUUGGAAGUUGAAAAAAUCCGGAUUAAAAUUACAUCACUCAGUCUUACUGAGUCACGAAUUACAGCAGACGAAACAAUACAGCAGCUGUUUGUAGAAUGCAGAUUAAACGGUUUCCUUGCAGAGGAGACCCCACUGUCACUUCCAAAACCAACAGGUGGUCAGCGGAUUCACUAUAACUAUAGCACUGUGAUAAAUGUGGAUAAGGAAGAUAAUCAUGCAGAGAGAGAGUAUCUCAAGUCAAUUCUUCUAAAGCCAGAUCUGCCUGCUGACAGCCUAAAAUUUACAGUGGUCAGUGAUCCCCCAGAAGAUGAACAGGAUCUUGAAUGUGAGGAUAUUGGGUUUGCUUAUGUCAGUUUAAAAGAGAUAUUCCAGAAGCAAAGAGAUAUCAUUGAGCAAGAUAUUGAUGUUUUCGAUUCACAAGAUGCCAGUACAGUAAUUGGAAAGCUCACAGUGACAGUGGAAGCCCUCAAUGCACUGCGUUCAGUCCAUGAGGAAUGCGAAAAUGAUUAGGAGGCAGGAAAGGGACAUUUGUCUAUUGCAGUUCUUGCUCCCAGUGUAAAGAUAUACUUGAUGGUUCCAAAAAUGAGAUCUUUGUCAUUCUUACAGUAUUUUUAAUUUAAAAUGUGUAUGACAGAUGCUUGAUGUCCAGGUAUAAAGUUUUGUACACUUUUCCGUCUGUUUUCCUAUUUUUAAGGUCCUUGCUGAAUCAUAUUUCAGGCUCUCGACACUUGAUAGUAUAACAGUCUGACUUAGUUCAAACAAAGUUUGGUUUCAAAUGCAAGCUUGCUUGUAAAUUAUCAGAUACGAGUUGACGGUAUUUUGUCUAAGGAAAUAAGUGAUGGUGAAUCUUCAAACAGAAAUGCUUGUAGAUUCUUACUAAGAGUAGUUCUAUCACAAUACUCUGUCAGAAUACAAUAAUUCGUGUUAGAAGUGAUCUCAAGUACUUUCUAGUCCAGUCGCAUAAUACUAGGUAUUAUGCUAGGCCAUGUUGCUGUAUCCAGCCUGGUCUGUAAACCUCCAAGGAUGGGGACUGCUUAACUGCUCUCUGCACAACCUGUUCCAAUGCCUGACUGUUCUCAUAGUGAAAAAAGGAGAUGCAUUUCUACACAGUACUUCAAUCCAAACUGAAGCCAAAGCUAGAUCUAAGCACAUGGAGAAGCUUUUGCACUUAAAAAACCAUCUUAUAAUUUAAUUUGUUGGUUUGGGUUUUUUUUUUAAUAUUAGGGAUGGCAUGUUUGUCAUUUGUUUCAGCCAUUUAACAUAUUGCACAGAAAUAAAAACAACAAAGCAUUUUAGUGUUGAUUUUCAUGCUUUGCAUUUGCCAUCAAAUUUUGAUCAUCCAGUUUUGUGAAGCAGUUGACAAAAAAUAGCUGUUAUUGUUAUAAACGUGGUUUGCUCAGAGGUAAUGUUUGUGUAGAUUUCAGUUGCAAACAAUUUGUUAUGGUUUAUUCCUGGGUUUGGAGUUUUUUAAUAUUAGCCAUAGAUUAUUUUAAGAGUAAGGAUAACUACAACAGACAGGUCUUCCACACAAUUAGCAAUUAUUUGUUCCACAUCUUUGUGGAUUUGCAAAAUAAUUAUUUUCUGUUUAGAAAAACUGUCACUCUUGUUAAAUGCUGAAUUAUUUCCAUUAAAGUCACAAGAACUGAACCAUUCUUGAAAAAUGUUGCAAAAAUAUGGUCCUUCUACUGCUACCAAAAAAACCCAAUCAAUAAACUCUCUUUUGCUUGUUAUAAACCAGUGGUUAUUCUGAUUAGUCCUAAGUAUAAAUAGUUACACAAGCUGACAGCUUUUGACUUCAAUGGUAAUGAACAACCAAACUUCACCUUAACAUGAGGAAGAGCUUCUUUACAUUGAGGGUAGCAGAGCACUGGGACAGCUUCCCAGAGACAUUCAAGACAAAACCUACCUGGAUGCUUCCUGUGUCACCUCCAGGUGAUCCUGCUUUGGUGGGGUGAUUGGGCUACAUGGUCUCCAGAGCUCCUUUCCAACCACCAACUAACUAUUCUGUGAAUAUAUUUUUCAAAUCAAUGCCUUUUAUUGAGUAUUAGUAAAGAUAAAAGGUUGAUGUGGAUGGGUCUGUGAAAUUUGCAGCUACUUAAAGGGCCAUUGCAAAUACAGUGGAGGCAGCCAGACUUCCUUUCAGUUGUGGCAGACAGCGUAGAAGGGGCACAAAAUCCAGACCUUGCGGGUUCAGUGGACCCUGGUAGGGUUUUGGGGAGAGCUUAUUCCCCAGGGGGCUGGUGUGCUGGGAGGGGAUGGGAAGGGUGACAGCAUGGAGGGUGCAGGUCCAGCUGGACUCAAUAACCCUUCUGUCUUGGGUUGCAAUAUGUAACCAAAAAUGUGUAUUUUGUUUCCAUCUGUUGAAACCAGUUGGGGAGGUGUUUUUUCUUUAUUUCUUGUAUAGCCCGUUCCUCAUAACUCUGGGAGGGAGGGGGCAGGUGUCUUCUGUUAAUGGGCCAGCUGUUAAAAUUAGGUGAUGUAGUGUUCUAUAUCUUUUCCAAUACCCAUCCUCCGGGGGAUAUCUUCUGAUAGUGGGCCAUUAAGGCUCACCACAUAACAGGUACAAUUACAUCAUCCCAUUGUGAGAUGCUCCACCCAGUGUGGGAGCCAACCUUUCCUACCUAGAUAAAAGCUGAAGUUCAGCUCAGCAGGACAGCCUGUUUUCUACUCCAUUCCAGAGGAAGACCAGACCCAUCUCGCCACCACCGGACCCAUCUACAGGAUCAUCUUAUCAUGGGUUGGCACAAUUUUGUUUUCUGGUUAUAGAGAGAUGAAAAAUGUUUUUCCCUGCUAUUACUGUAGAAUGGUUUGGCGGGGGAAGGACACGGACCUAUCAAAAAGCUGGCCGGGAUAUUGGCAGCUAAGUUGACCAAUGGGAAAUGUCGAUGUGACUUUGGAGGGGACAUUUAAAACUAAUCUGCUGCUGGUGGGUCUCUCUCUAGCUUUGGAAUCAGCCAUGAGGUAACAUCGUAGGCAGCAGGCAGGCCUGGGUCAGGCCUUGCUGCCCCUCGGGGUGGCUGAGCUGGGCCCUGCUGGGCCUCUGGAAGCUGCUGCCCGCAUGGGAGCAGCCUGGGUGAAGCCCUUUUACAGCGUUGUGGUAGCUCCGAGCCGGACUGCCCUAGAUGAGACCGAGGGGUGGAAAAAAGGACAUCUACCAGCUUCCUCCAUCAGCACAGCUUUGCAUUUUCUUCAGCCCUGCAGCCCGGGACCUGCACAUGGCCUUUGCAGGCCCAGGUGGAUUUAACCCUUUCUAGCAACAUGGAACUUUUAAAGCAUAACUCUUCCUUGAGAGAAAGAAGAAAGAAAACAGAGGGUACGUGGAAUAGACACCGAAUGAAGUCAGUUAGAUUAGAAGUGAAAGAACUAAUAAUAUCUGAACAGGAUUGAAGAAGUGGACAUUUUUAACUGGACUUCUUUAAGGUAAACUAUGGAGAAAUGAACUGUUCUUUGCAGCAUCUUAGUGUUGUUGGGUAGAAUGCUAUUCUAAUCAAAAUUGAGGACUGAUGAAAUUGAGAUUUAUUUGGGAACUUUAAAGUCCCCGCUCCUGGGUUAAAAGGAGGUCUCAGCCUUUGAGACAAAGAUGAUUUUAGACUAGAAGUAUUUGUAAAUAGUACUCCAGAAACACUGAGAAGCUUUGCUGAUAGAAUAUCACAGUCUGCAAAAACUCUGGGCGGCAGCAGAUGUGUGACAUUGGGAGCACUGGACUGUUUUGUCUUUUGGCAAACAUCUUCAUAAAAAAACUUAGAAAGACUCUUCUCCUAAAGUAAUGAGUAAUUAUGCCGAAUAAUUGAGAAACUGACUGAAAAUCCUGAGUUGUGUCUUUCUACAUUGUUUAAUAAGAAAGUUAAUAGAUUGUAAAA